AUGAGCCGCCAGUUGAACCUCUACCCUGGUGGGGAGCGCCUGGCCUUCAGCGGUUGCUCUGCCAUCAUCUCCAGUCGGGUCAGCAGCAGCACCGCCUCAUUCCGGGCCAGUGGCGUCAAGGGCACGGCCACCUUCGGCAGCAGGAGCCUCUUCAAUUGCGGGGGCGGCCGGCGCCUGGCCCUGAGCUCCACGGCCGGGCGGGGCGGCUCCGUGCUGGGUCCCUGCGUGGCCACAGGUGGUGGCCGCCGGGGAGGCUUCGUGGGCACCGUCUUCGGCAGCGCGGGGCUGGGGCCCGCGUGUCCAUCCGUGUGCCCGCCGGGCGGCAUCCCUCAGGUCACCGUCAACAAAAGCCUCCUGUCCCCGCUCAAUGUGGAGCUGGACCCAGAGAUCCAGAAAGUGCGCGCCCAGGAGCGGGAGCAGAUCAAGGCUCUGAACAACAAGUUCGCCUCCUUCAUUGACAAGGUGAGGUUCCUGGAGCAGCAGAACCAGGUGCUGGGGACCAAGUGGGAGCUGCUGCAGCAGCUGGACCUGAACAACUGUAAGAACAACCUGGAGCCCAUCCUCGAGGGCUACACUAGCAACCUGCGGAAGCAGCUGGAGACGCUGUCCGGGGACCGGGUGAGGCUGGACUCGGAGCUGAGGAGCAUGCGGGAUGUGGUGGAGGACUACAAGAAGAGGUACGAGGUGGAGAUUAACAGACGCACAGCUGCUGAGAAUGAGUUUGUGAUGCUCAAGAAGGACGUGGAUGUCGCCUACAUGAACAAGGUCGAGCUCCAGGCCAAGGUGGACUCCUUGACAGAUGAGAUCAAGUUCUUGAAGUGCCUCUAUGAAGGGGAGAUCGCUCAGAUCCAGUCCCACAUCAGCGACACGUCCGUCAUCCUGUCCAUGGACAACAACCGCGACCUUGACCUGGACAGCAUCAUCGCCCAGGUCCGUGCCCAGUACGAGGAGAUCGCCCUGAAGAGCAAGGCCGAGGCCGAGGCGCUAUACCAGACCAAGAUCCAGGAGCUGCAAGCCACAGCGGGCCAGCACGGGGAUGACCUCAAACUCACCAAGGCUGAGAUCUCAGAUCUCAACCGGAUGAUCCAGAGGAUCCGCUCGGAGAUUGGGAACGUGAAGAAGCAGUGCUCCAACCUGGAGAUGGCCAUCGCCGAUGCUGAGCAGCGGGGCGACUGUGCCCUGAAGGACGCCCGGGCCAAGCUGGAUGAGCUGGAGGCCGCCCUGCUCCAAGCCAAGGAGGAGCUGGCCAGGAUGAUGCGUGAGUACCAGGAGCUGAUGAGCACCAAGCUGGCCCUGGACAUGGAGAUCGCCACCUACCGCAAGCUGCUGGAGGGCGAGGAGUGCAGGAUGUCUGGUGAAUAUCCAAAUUCCGUGAGCAUCUCCGUCAUCAGCAACACCAGCGCUGGGGCAGGAGGCACUGGCUUCAGCAUGGGCUUUGGUGCCUCGAGCAGUUACAGCUAUAAAUCCUCAGUGGUGGAUGUCAAAACCAAAGGCAGCUGUGGAGGCAGUGAGCUCAAGGAUGCUCCAGCCAAAACCUCAGGCAGUAGCUGUGCAACCAAAAAGGCCUCGAGAUGA